AUGAAGCCUGGAUACUCCAAUUUAGGGACUGCUGCGCCAUGGCUGCUGUGGCUGGCCGCCGUUCCGACAUGGACUGUUGCUGCUGAAAUUUCAUGCACCCAGCAAUCGCGCACAAUUACGACACAAGCUGAAGCAGAUGCUCUCAGCUCUUGCGUCAAUGUCACCGGUACGAUCAUCGUCGAGAGCCAGUCCUUGACACAGCUCACGUUGAAUGGCAUCGAACGAGUCGAUAACCUUCAAAUCAGUUCGUCACCUUUAUUGGUCGACGUCUCUGCUCCUGCUCUAUAUUGGAUAAACCACAAUUUCACCAUCUCGGAUGUCCGUCUACUAUCGAAUCUGUCUCUACCCUCGCUGAGCACAGCGGCCGUCGAUACGUUAUCCUGGAUCAAUGUACCGAAUCUUGUUCAGCCGGUCUUGCGAAAAGAAGCUGAUCAAUAUGGCAACGUCGGAGCCAACAUAUAUGGGGAUUUGAUCAUAUCGUCGUCCGGUAUACAAGAUCUGGACUUUUUCAAUUUUGGCACAUUUAAUCAGGCGCAGAAUGUUCGAAUAGUCAGCAACAAAGAUCUCCGUACGAUCAAUUUGACCACACUCGAAGAGGCACAAUCAAUACAUAUCGCCAGUAAUGGACCGAACAUGAUUGUAGAUUUACCCGCAUUAUCUCGUGCCAAUUCACUUUCGUUGGAAGGAGUCUCUGUGGUGAGCGUUCCACGACUUACGAAGGUCGAUGGAAACUUUGUGCUUUCGGGAAAUUCGUUUGAGCGAUUUGCAGCUCCGGCAUUCAAUGGAGUCGCAGGAGAUAUACACAUUGAAGACAACGAAUUGCUUUCGGAUCUGAGUCUGCCAAUGCUGACCGAAGUUGGCGGUGGAUUGAGUAAUGGCUCCUUUACAGUUGCCAACAACCCAGGCCUCAAAUCUUUGAAUUUAGAGCGUUUAGGAGGAGGGACAGAGGUGGGCGCAUCUGGUGCUAUUGAUGGAAAUGCUAGUUUUUCAGGAAAUUUUGAGACUGUUUAUAUGCCAAGAUUGAUCGAUUAUACGGCGGGCUUCCAUAUAGCUACUACACAUGCAGACUUCAAUUGCACCCCUUUCGAUAGACUAUCAUAUUCUCCUAUAAACAAAGGGUCUCGAAAACUAUAUUCAUGUUCAGGAAUCGCAUUGGGCAGCACGACCGACACAGCUAUACACUAUUCCCAGAGCAAAGGCUCAUUACUGCCAAAAGGCGCAAUGGCGAUCAUCAUCAUCAUCGGCGCUGUAGCAGGAUUAGGUGCAGUUGCAUAUGCAUAUAGAUGUUUCCAUCGACGUAGGAUAGCCCAGAGGCAACUAGCUCCUACACAACCGUCACUGGCGGAUAUGGGAGUUAUGUUGCCUGGUAUUCGGGUACCACGCCAGCAUGAAGAUGGGGAUGGGAUUGAAAUGCUUCCUGAAUAUUCGAGGCAUGGGAAACCAGGAGAAGUGCCGCCAAAGUACGAUGAUAACGCGAUCUAUGGUGGACCACCGCCAGGCGCACCUCCUCCCGCUGUCACAAAGUCUUUCUUCACGAAUCUGGUUAGGUUGUCGAACUGGAGUCGAAGAGGAGGAAGCAAUGACGGGCCUGGUACGGGAACCAGUGGGCCGUCUGCGGUCUAA